AUGGAAGAACUUGAAGAAAAGGAAAGGGAACUCCCUUAUGACACAAAAAUUAAAGAAGAUUUGAUUAAAGCUUAUAGAGAAUCUGGCUUUAUUACAGAAGCUAAUGCUGCAAGAGAAAGACUAUGAGAAAUUACUCCAUUAUCUGAAAAAAUGUGACUAGAAUGGCUUGAAGACGAGCCAUCUAGUGGCCUCUUUGCUCGCUCACUUAAAGAUUUUUACUGUAAUUUCUAUUUAGACCCAAGUAUUUGCCUUCUCUAUUUAAAAUUCUUCCCAAAGCAAAAUACUCCUGAGCAUGCCAAAAUUUUUGCUGAUUUAACCUGGCAUAUCCGAUAUCAGCCUCUAUGAGAAUACUAUAUUUCCAUUAAAACUGACCUAAAUGAAAUCCGAGAGCUCUAUAAUAAACAAUUUUCUAUUCCUAUGGAAUACAUGGAGAAAUCCUUUCAAAAUUACCUGGCAUGGGAAAGAGAUUUAGAAAUAAAAACAAAAAUCCAAGAAAAAUACCUUGACACCUUUGCUAAGUGGCAAGAAGAAUGUGAAUAUAAAACUCAAAUUGAUUUGUCUAUUGAAAAUAACAGUGAGGCUGCUUUACUGGUGGGCAAGUAUGAAGUACAUGCCAAAUUACCUGCCUUGAUAAAAAGAAAUAUAAGAUAUUUUGCAUUAGUGUCACUGAUAAGCUAUCAACACCCGAUAAUAGCAUGCUAACACUAUAUUAAAUAUACUUUAUUUCAUAUACAAAUUUUUUUAGCUAGUAAAAAUGUUUAGACUAAUAAAUAAGACAGCUAAUUGAGAAAUACUCUGAAUUUCGCUUUAUUAUCGCAUUUAAUGAAUGAAUACAGACGAUUUUGCUUUCAAAUAGACAGACACAAAUAAAUAAAUUCAAGCAUAAUUAUCUAUCAUAGGUAUAUACAUAAUCUAAUGUCGAUUAAUGCACUUACUCUCCCCCCCUCCGUGAGUGAACAAAACCAUUAGAAAAAUCGCUAUUUUUUGCCUAAAAACCCUCCGUGAGUGAACAAAAAUUUUUUAAUAGAAAAAAUUUUUAUGGAAAAAAAUUUUGAUAUAUAAAUAAUAAUUAGUACAAUGAAAUCUAGAGCUAAUUCUGUUUAAUAUUAAACGAAUUGCUUUUUAAACAUAUAAAUUUAUAAAUUAAAUUAAUAUUUGCUUUCCAAUUUUUGCGAAUUAGAUUUAUUUUAAUUUCGAAAAAAAUUUUUUUAUAAAAUUUAUAUAUAUUUUUUUUUUUAAAAAAAAAAAAUUAACCUCCCUCCGUGAGUGAGCAAAAUUUUUUUGUUCACUCACGGAGGGGGGGGGGAGUUAGCACAUUAGAUCUGUUUAAAUAGCUGAUUUAAUAUAAAACACGAUACGUUAAAUUUAAAUUUAAUGCAAAAAUAUAAACUAAACUUACUAAUCAUAAAAAGUUUGUAUAUAUAUACUAGAGAUAUGAUAUAUGUUAGUAUGCUAUAAUUUCAUUUUAAUAACAAUACUAAAUAUCUCUUAUAUUUCUUAUUAUCAAGACUUGGUAGUUUGGUAUAGGGGGGUUUCAGGCUUGACCAUACUGGCAAAUUUAAAAGUUUAUUUAGAAAAUAUAAAAGAUGAUAAAAUAAAAGGAUAUAUUUUGGAAGAGACCAUACAGAAGGCACAAAAAUUGCCUGAGGUUUGGUACGAUUAUUUGAAUUUUGCAGUAAAAAAUAAGAAAUUAUAUAAAAAAGUGGCAAAAAGGGCUGUUAGGAAUUGCUAUUGGGACAUAGGCUUAUGGAAAUUGCUAAUUUUAGCAUAUGAGCGUGCUGGAAAACCAACAGAAAGUAAGAAAUAAUUAGACAUCAAGCAUAAGGCCUUGACUUCCUCAUUUACAAAUGCAUCAGAUUACACAGAGUUUUGAAAAGAGUAUAGCAACCACAUAAAAAGAUCUGGCGGUGACCAGCUAGCUAUCUUAGAAGAAGGCGAAAGCUGGCUUCAAGACUGUAUGCCUCCUCAGCACUUAGUCUUAAAAUCCUAUAGGGCUUCUCUUCUAAAAGACCAUUCUUUAUAUGAAGAAAUCGUCAGAGAAAAAGGCGAUUCCUACACCUUAUGGACCCUAUAUCUAGAUUUUCUUAUCCAAAAAUCUGAUAAUAAAUCCAUUCGAGAAGUUUUCAGAAGAGCAUUAGAAUAUACAAAGGACUAUCCUCAAGAAAUCGCAAGGAAAUAUAAAGAAUGGGAGUCAAGCCACGGAAAUUUAGAAGAAAUAAUCCAGAGUAUUACUAAAACUCAUAGCAGAAUAAGGAGAAAUCUAGAGCCUCCAAAAAAGCAAGUAAAGCAGCAGGCUAAGCCAAUUAAGGCUGAGACUGCAAGAUUUACAGUCUUUAUACGGCCGAUUCCUUUGAAAAUGAAAGAAACAGAGCUUCAAGAAAUUUUUUCACAGGUAAUUCCAGUCAAAGCUUGCAGAAUUGUAAGAAAUCGUGAAGGAAAAUCCAAAGGGUACGGGUAUAUUGAUUUAAAUUCAGAACAAGACAUACAGGAAUGCAUAAGAGUUUUCAAUGGAAUCGAGCUACAAGGGACCAAAAUAACUGUAGCAGCUUCCAAGCCUCCAGAAGAAACUAAAAACGAUGAAUUUUUGCUUUUCGUGAAUAACUUGCCAUAUGAAAUAGAAGAAAACGAGCUAAAAGAAAUUUUGAGUAACUACGGAGAUGUUUCUACUAUAAGAAUUAUUAGGGAUUUAGAAGGAAAAUGCAAAGGCUAUGCAUAUGUAGAAUUCCACGAAAAAGAAGCUGUUGAACACGCCAUCAAAGCAGCUCAAAUCAGUAUUAAAGGCCGAAACGUGCUGCUUUUAAAAUCAGAAAAAAAAUCCCAAAAUUUCACUCUGCACGCUAGCAAUUUGCCUUACGGCAUCACCGAAGACAGCUUAUCCUCAUUUUUCAAAGGAAACUGCAAAGUGACGCUACCCAAAGACCAAAAAGACAAACCCCGAGGUUUCGCCUUCAUUGAGUUCGAAAAAGAAGAAGACGCCCAAAACGCAUUAGAAAUUGAAUUCCCAGUAAUAGAAGGAAGACCAAUCGUUAUUAAAAAAUGCGCAAACACAAAUCCUUCCAAAAAGAAAAAAACAAUGAACAAUUCAGAUUUUAAAAAAUUUUUAAGAUAA